AUGGGUUACCAACAGAUUGUUGAAGAAGCCAAGCCGAGUACAAGUGUGGUGGUCCAAGAAUCUCCAAGCCGUCUCCGUACUUGGCUGUCGAAUAAGAACCUACAGUACGACUUUGUGAUGAGCAUCAUCCUCGUAACCCUUAACGUUGCAGCGAUCAUCUAUAUGAUACAACACAAGAUCCCCUUCACCGCAUGUAUCAUAACUUUGGUUUAUUGCACUGGGCUAUAUUUCAGCUUCGGCCUAUUUAGUUGCUUGUUUUGGUUCCAAGCAAUCACCGAUGUCGAAGCUUCUAAUCUGUACAUGACCGGACGCAUCGGUCACAUCUGCGGCUUGGGGAUUCUCCUCCACCUGCUCUAUUCAAUUUCGCCACGUGUGGCUCUAUGGUUCGGUUUACCUUCUUCGUUAUGGGUCGUAGCAGCUUUCAUUGCACCUCUUUACACAAUGUGUCUAGCCUCAGCAUUUAAAAAGGUAUCUGAAGAUACACGAGCUUACUGGAAGUUUAUAAAUGAACCACAAGUGCGAGUUGCUAAUGUUUAG